GAGGAGAAAAACGAGCGCCACGCCCCAUCUUUCUUUCCCUACUCACCUCCUGGCAGCCCCCGGCUCCAUCCCCACACAAGAGUAGCGUGGGACCGGGAUGGCGCCCCGCCUCUUCCCUCAGCCCCGCUCGCUCUCUCCCCGCCGCUGGGUGGUGCUGCCCGGGCUCCAGGCGCCAGCCGGAGCGCUGAGCGCGGCGCACCGCGGCGCCGACAAGAUGGCGCGCGGCGGCAAGUCAGCCAUAGUGCUGUGCCUGGAUGUAGGCAUCACGAUGAGCAGUUCUGCUCCUGGGGAGGAGUCUUCACUGGAACAAGCCAAGAAGGUUGUGACCAAGUUUCUGCAGCGACAGGUUUUUGCUGAGAGUAAAGAUGAAGUUGCUGUAGUUUUGUUUGGCACAGAUGGUACUAAGAACGAACUCGCCAGUAGGGAUCAAUACCAAAACAUUACUGUACAUAGGUCUCUAAUGCUGCCAGAUUUUGACUUGUUAGAAGACAUUCAAAAUAGGAUUCAGCUAGGCUCUCAACAAGCAGACUUUCUGGAUGCAAUUAUUGUGUGUAUGGACUUGCUUCAGAAGGAAACAUUAGGAAAGAAAUUUGAGAAGAGACAUAUUGAACUGUUUACAGACCUUAGUAGUCCUGUCAGUGAGGAUCAGUUGGAAAUUAUCAUUGCAAACUUGAAGAAAACAGGAAUUUCACUUCAAUUUUUUUUGCCAUUUCCAGUGGAUGGUGCUGAUGGACAUGGAGAUACAAGUGCCAGCAUAUACUCACAGUUGCACCGAAACUCAUUCCCAAGAAAGAGAUUAACUGCACAGCAAAAGGAAGGCGUUGAUGUGGUGAAGAAGUUGAUGCAUACUUUGGAUGAAGAAGGAGGGCUGGAAGAAAUAUACACUUUCAGAGAGAGCCUUGAACGUCUUGCAAUGUUUAAGAAAAUAGAAAGAAGACCUGCAGCUUGGUCAUGCCAGUUAACUAUUGGUUCCAAUUUGUCUAUAAGGAUUGUGGCCUAUAAAGCACUCACAGAAGAGAAGGUGAAAAAAACUUGGACAGUUGUGGAUGCUAAAACCCUCAGAAAAGAAGAUGUGCAGAGAGAAACCGUUUACUGUUUAAAUGACGAUGAUGAGACAGAGGUUCAGAAAGAUGAUACCAUUCAAGGGUUUCGCUAUGGGAGUGAUAUAGUUCCUUUUUCCAAAGAAGAUGAAGAACAAAUGAAAUACAAAACUGAAGCAAAAUGUUUUUCUGUUCUGGGAUUCAGCAGAUCAUCUCAGAUCCAGAGGCACUGUUACAUGGGCAACCAGGUUCUCAAGGUCUUUGCAGCGAAAGAUGAUGAGAAUGCAGCAGUUGCUUUUUCUGCCCUUGUUCAAGCAUUGGAUGAGUUGAAUGUCGUAGCUAUAGUGCGUUAUGCUUAUGAUAGAAGAUGUAACCCACAAAUUGGUGUAGCUUUUCCAUGCAUAAAGGAUACAUAUGAGUGUCUCUUCUAUGUGCAAUUACCAUACAUGGAAGAUGUAAGACAGUACAUGUUUUCAUCCUUGAAAAACAAUAAGAAAUGCACUCCUACCGCGGAUCAGUUAUCUGCGAUUGACUCCUUGAUUGAUUCUAUGAAUUUGGUUUAUGAAGAUCACAAUGGAGAAACGUUUGAGGACCUGUUUAAGCCCAGUAAAAUCCCAAACCCUCAUUUUCAAAGGUUAUACCAGUGUUUGCAGCAUAAGGCUUUUCACCCCAAUGAGCCAUUGCCACCAAUUGAACAACACCUUUUGGAAAUGCUGGAGGUGCCCUGUGUGGUAAAAGAAAGGUGCAAGGCUCCACUUGAAAAAGUAAAGGCACUUUUCCCUCUAAAGGAUGCUGGCAAGAAAAAAGAAGAGAAGACUGCUCAAGAUAUCUUUAAAGAUGAUGAAGAUGGACCCAAUGCUAAGAGAAGGAAAAUUGAAGAUGAGGAAGAUAGCUUUAGCAUCAUGAAACUUGCUGAAGGCAAUGUCACCUCUGUUGGCAGUGUUAACCCAGCAGAAGACUUCCAAAUUCUGGUGAGGCAGAAAAAUGCUGACUUCAAAGAUGUGAGUCAGCAGCUGAUAAACCGCAUUGAUCAGUUUCUGGAAAACAGAAGUUCACAGUACUACAUGAAAGGGAUCAAUUGUAUUCGAGUUUUCAGAGGGGAGGCUAUAAAGCUAUCCAAGGUGCAGUGCUUUAAUGAUUUUCUACAGGCCUUGAAGUCAAAGGUGGAAGAUAAAGCCUUAGCUGAUUUCUGGGAGAUUGUGGUACAAGACAGAAUUUCUUUGAUCACGAAAGAUGAAGCAGAGGGAAGUUCAGUGACUAGUGAAGAAGCUGAAAAGUUCUUGACUCCAAAAGAAAAGAAAAAUGAAACUCUGCCUGCCACAGAUGAAGGUGGUGAUGUUGAUGAUUUGCUGGACAUGAUGUGAUCGAGUAAUGCAUGGUGACUAUUCCUACCAAGUUUUGGAAGAGAUCUGCCUGUGUAAGAUGAGAUACAAAAGGGGAUGCUAGUGAGAAGGCAGUAAAUUGUCUUUAUUUUUGUGAAUGAGAGAGCAGAAGUCCUAGAGACAUUUCCAGUUGUUCUAAAUGUCAUCUCACUUCUCAAAAGCAGAACAGAAGAUUGAAAGUAUUUGUGAAGUAAUGAUAGCUUUAAGGAAUCUUUUUUCUCUUGAUCUUAUCCUUGAUACUGCUUUCAACUAAAACCACAAAAUUAAUGAGAGCUGAUACUGACUCCUGAAAUUCUUCUUACAUUGCAUGAGAAAGAUAGAAAUGUCACAGUGAGGUUAACCAGGUAUUGUAGAAUUUUUAAUGGAUUUAAGUCCAUUGCAUUAUAGAGUUAUAGAAUGAAAAAGAAUGUAUUUUCAUGCUUUUCCCUAGAGGUGGGAAAAAAAAGAGGAAAAACACACAAACCAUCAUUCUAGGCUAGGGAGUCACAAAGUAAUUGAUUGAAAUAAACAACAGAAUCUGAAGCACACAGCAAAGCCAUGUGUGCUGCUUUUGCUGCACUGUACCCAAAUUAGCACUGGCGGUCAUCUUUCUGUGCUGCAGGUUCUCUUUUCUAUCAGCUCAACAGCAGAGUUAAUUUCCUAAAAAUUUCUGUCUCUGUUACAAGUUGUCCUCUUUCAUAUGCUGGGAUUUCUGUUGCAUUUGUUUUAAUACUUCUAACUAGUAUGGUUACUGCAGAUAUACUCCUGCUGCUAAAAGGAUGACUGAAUUAUUUAUAUCCCCAUUACACUGCAGGUAACUACUAAUGCAGAGCAAAGGAAUCCAUGAAAGCUAUAUGCUGACACCUAUGACAGAUAACUGAUGAUUGUUAACACUGAUAACCAAAACAGGUUACUAUCUAUGCAAAGCAAUCUAAAGUAGUCAGAUACUGCUCAGUAAGAGAUGCUUCAGAUUUGUUUUACGGAUCUGAAGGGACACUAAUGACACCUUCACAGAUGCUUAUUUGUUACAGCCACAUUCAUUCCUUUAAAAGCUAUUCUUUUGUUAUUGUUUAAACAUACUGUGCAAAGUGGUAAUAACAUCAUAAAAAAGAAAUAAUCAUGAGCUGUAGUUAAACGAAUAUCUGUGCUGAAGAGUAUCUAUGGAAUGUCUAUGCUGUACAGCUCCUAUGUGGGGAACAGCAAUUGCUUUUUCCCACACUUCCCUACACCGAGAUCUGUUUUCUCCUCUCUUUUGUCCUGUAUUGACUGAGUUCAUGCAGCAUUUGAAGAGGUUUCCUAAGUGUAGGUGGCAGGGAAUAGGUAGAAUUUGUAGGCCUUUAGAGCAUUUAUGUUACGUGAAGGUAUUCUUCUGAAUUGUAUAUAGACCAAUUUAUUGAGUGUAAUACUGGCUUUUUUUUUUUACAUUUUCUUAACUGUUUUGAUAAAUAAAAGAUUUAAUGGAUA